UUUGUGUCCGUUAUUAGUUCGUUUAUCAAUUAAAAAAAAUACGAAAUUGUCAGUUCUCAGUGUUAGCCUUGGAGCCAUGGCUUCGUUAUCGACGAUAACUCAACCGUCGUUAGUACACAUUCCAGGCGAAUCCGUCCUCCAUCACGUACCAAGCACGUGCUCUUUCCCGUUGAAGCCAACACUCACCACGAAGCGGAUUAUAUGCUCGCCGGCGAGGAACUCCAGUGAGGCUUCGGCGGAGACAGAGACAGAGACCGAUGGUGGAACUAGCACCGCCGUGGAUGAAGCACCAAAAGUAUCUCCAUCUUUAAUCUCAGCUCUCAACGUUGAACGCGCUCUCCGUGGCCUUCCGAUAACAGAUGUGGAUCACUAUGGACGCCUUGGGGUUUCAAGAAAAUGUUCUUAUGAUGAGGUUAGAACUGGUUACCAAGAAAUAGUUAAGAAGCUAAAGGAACAAGGCCUAGCCGAAGAACAACUUAAGACCAAGAUGGACCUUGUCAAAGAGUCAUAUACAAUCUUGUCGACCGUGGAAGAGAGAAGAAUGUACGAUUGGAGUCUAGCCAGAAGCGAAAAAGCAGAGAGGUACGUCUGGCCAUUUGAGGUUGACAUCAUGGAACCGUCCACGGAAGAGCCACCUCCUCAGGAACCGGAAGACGUAGGACCAACGAGGCUUUUGGGAUACUUCAUUGGAGCAUGGCUUGUCCUUGGUAUCGCUCUCUCUGUUGCAUUCAAUCGUUAGCCAAGAAUUAUGUUUCUUAUAUUGUUCUCUUCCUCACUUCAAAUUCCAUGUAUAUCUCUACCCGUAUAAACACUUACGUGUAAAACCUUACAUGAUGUUUCAUGCUAUAACAGUGUAAUGUAUGUAUCCCAAUUUCCUCCUA